GAGUAUAUAGAGAGAGAAAGAGGGCUCACCACUCACCGCUCUUGCUGUCUACACUGCAUACAUAAAUUAAAAUAAUAAAUCAUAAAUGCCACUAUUACUUGUUACCAGUGUGUAAGAGAAUUUUAUUAAGGCGUGUUAAAACAGAGGAGAGGAGUGAGAGAGAGAGAGAGAAAGCAAGAGAGAGAGAGAGAGGGAGAGAGGAGAGAGGAAUUCUGUGGCGUUGGAUUCUUCUAGCAGAUCGUGCCUGCCAGCUUUUGUGAGAGAAUAUGGAUACGCAGGAAGUGUUGAAUAUAGAUAUAUAAAAAUUCUUGAGAUUUCAUUUUAACUAUUUAUCAUUCCGAUCGGAAAAAUAGAAAAUUAGGCCAGAAAGUUGGGGUUGAACAGUUAGGGGAAAACGAGAUGAGGGCGGUGGAGACGGCGUCGGCGGCGGCGGUGCUGCUGCUUCUGGCCAUUCUGAGCUUCACCUUUGCAGAAACAGAUCCAACUGAUGCCUCUACACUCAACAAGUUGUAUACAACUUUGAAUUCUCCUCAGCAACUUACCAAUUGGAAGGCAAAUGGUGGUGAUCCAUGUAAGGAGUCUUGGAAGGGAAUUUCCUGCUCAGGUUCAAAAGUGACAGAGAUAAGGAUUUCUGGACUAGGACUCAGUGGGAACAUGGGAUACGAGCUAGAUAAAUUGGCAUCCGUCACUACUUUUGACAUAAGCAACAACAAUCUUGGAAAUGAUCUUCCUUAUCAACUUCCUCCACAUCUGCAGAGACUAAACCUUGCUGGCAAUGGCUUCACUGGUUCUCUUCCAUACUCCUUAUCACUCAUGAAUUCGUUAACAUACCUUAAUGUAAGCCACAAUCAAUUACAUGGCCAAGUGACUGUGCAAUUCAAUUCACUUACCUCUCUCUCCACAUUGGAUUUCUCUUUCAACACCAUGGAGGGUAAUCUCCCUCAGAGCUUCCAGUCCCUGACGAAUAUACGUGACGUGUACUUACAAAACAAUCAUUUCACAGGAACCCUUGAUGUUCUUGCGAAUCUCCCACUUGACAAUUUGAAUGUUGAAAACAAUCAAUUUACUGGAUGGAUCCCCGAGCAACUGAAAGGCAUAAACCUCCAUUCAGCUGGUAAUAAUUGGAACUCUGGACCUGCACCUCCACCUCCGCCGGGCACUCCUCCAGCAACCAAGCCAAACCGAGAUCAUAGAUCAGGAGGUGGUAGCUCAUCAAGUGGUGACAAUGGAAGUGGAGGAGGAAAAUCUGGCAUAGGGGGUGGUGCUAUAGCGGGAAUCAUUAUAUCCAUCUUGGUUGUUGGAGCUAUCGUAGCUUUCUUUGUUAUAAAGAAACGAUCCAGGAAGUCAACAGACAUUGAGAAGCAUGAAAAUCAGCCUUUUGCACCUCUGGCUGCACAAGAAAGCCACGCUGUAGAGGUUAAACCCGUCCAAUCAUCAUCCACAACCAUGACAAAACCUUUUGAAGCUCCUGCUGUGAUAAGUCUGAGACCUCCUCCAGUUGAUCGUAGUAAAUCAUUUGAUGAAGAUGAUGUGUCUAUGAUUCCUGUCGUUCCACCUAAGAAGAUCAAUAGAGCUCCAAUAAAUGCAAAGGCUUUUACUGUGGCAGACCUGCAAAUAGCUACAGAUAGUUUUAAUGUUGAAAAUCUCAUUGGUGAGGGAGCUGUUGGACGCGUUUACAGGGCUCAAUUAGAUGAUGGAAAGGUUCUUGCUGUGAAGAAAAUAAAUUCAUCUGUACUGUCCAAUUCUGAAGAUUUUCUGGACAUAGUGGCAGAGAUAUCCAGGUUGAAUCAUCCAAAUGUAACCGAGCUUGUAGGCUAUUGUUGUGAGCACGGACAGCAUCUCCUUGUUUACGAAUUCUACAAAAAUGGAUCUCUGCACGAAUUCCUGCAUCUGUCUGAUGAAUUCAGUAAGCCUUUAACAUGGAACAGCCGUGUCAAGAUUGCAUUGGGAAGUGCAAGAGCACUAGAGUACCUGCACGAAGUUUGUGAGCCCUCUGUCGUUCACAAAAAUUUUAAGUCAGCCAACAUUUUACUUGACAUGGAGCUCAAUCCGCACCUCUCCGACUGUGGGCUAGCUAGCCUUUCCUCUGACCCUGACCAGGCAUCUGGUUAUAGUGCACCUGAGGUUGCAAUGUCUGGUCAAUACACCAUCAAGAGUGAUGUUUACAGCUUUGGGGUUGUGAUGUUAGAGCUUCUCACAGGACGCAAACCAUUCGAUAAUUCAAGGGCAAGAUCUGAACAGUCUUUGGUUCGAUGGGCGACUCCUCAGCUCCAUGACAUCGACGCCCUUUCUAAGAUGGUUGAUCCAGCUCUGAAAGGACUCUACCCUGUCAAGUCUCUUUCUCGUUUCGCGGAUGUAAUUGCCCUGUGUGUCCAGCCGGAGCCAGAGUUCAGGCCGCCAAUGUCAGAGGUGGUGCAAGCACUGGUUCGGUUGGUGCAGCGAGCAAAUAUGAGCAAGAGAACAUUCGGAAACGAAGGAAGCGCUGGGAGGGCUGGAAGUGGGGAUGCUGAUGAAUACACUCCCUAAAUGAAUGAUAAUAUGAGCUUGGCUCAUGAGUCUGUUUUUCUGUAUAAUUGACUCAGCUGCUAUUGUUGCUGUUGCUACUAUUUUUUACCCUUUUCCGGCCAACACCAACCUCUUCCAACUCCCUGCCUGCCUGCCUGUAUGUAUCAUAUUAUUAUUGCAACUUUAGUAUUUUUUUAUUCUUGAUAUGGAGAGAGAUUGCUUUGA